AUGGCUAAUGCUAAAAUUAAAUCUGAUGAAAAAGAUGAACCUGUAAUUAAAGAAGACAUUGGUGUAUUUCAACGUACAACUCAACAAAUCUCACCAUCAACACAAGAAAAACGCAAACGAAAUGAAGAUAUUCCUGUUGAAUCACCUAGAAGAUACAUCCAUCGUUCAGAUGGAAAUCGUUAUGCAACAACAGAAAUGAAAAACAAUUCAUUAUCUGUUCCAUUUUGGAAGAAUCUAAAUCAUCGACAAUCAUCAUUUCAAUUUCAAACGCAUGAAAUUGGUUAUUUUGCAUUAUUUAAUCAAAUAGAUGAUAAAGAAUGUUUUGAAGAUAAACGUUAUAUGAGCGUUGGUGAAUCAGAUUUUAUUUCCGAAAGACGACAAAGUAAAAAUAUUAAUGCGAUGCUUUGGUGGAUAUUACGACAUAAACAAGAUAUUUUCAAAAAUAAUCAAUUUACAUUUGAUUUUCUUUCAUAG